AUGUUCAAGUGGAUCAACAUUUUCCGUGGCGGAGGCGUACGACUGUUGAAUUCGACAGCCUCACCACUCUCUCGGUCCAGCAUCUACCUCUGUCCAAGCAAUGGGUUGAAAGCACCUCGCAAGGACAGGAGCUUUGCCACUGCAUCGCAGUUCCCCCAUCAAAACUACUCAUGGCCGAGCACUCGAUCUUUCAGCCCCUAUGAUGUUUUGAACCUACCCCGCGACGCUACAUACUCAAAACGAAAUUACUAUGAUCUUGUCAAGAUCUAUCAUCCCGACCGACCUCUCACUGAUCACCCACUUUUCCAUCAAUUGACCCCGGAAAUCCGAUUGCAGCGCUACCGAAUCGUGGUUGAGGCACACGAAAUUCUUUCUGACCCCAUCAAACGAGCUGCCUACGAUCGAAAUGGCCUUGGCUGGAGCCACACAGUACCGGAAAUGAAGAUAGAAUGGGAUUCGCAAGGGCCAAACAUAUAUGCAAAUGCUACAUGGGAAGAUUGGGAGGAUUGGCAUAACCGCCAUCAGGGCCCGCAGCAGCAUGUGGUCGACCAACGCACCUUCGUUCGGCUUAUGAUUCUCCUGGUGCUAUUUGGGACGGCCCUUCAAGCAUCCUGGAUCGGGCAGAUGAAUACAGGCGUCCAAGGCCGUUUGCGCGAGGUCAACGAGAAGUCGGCCCGCUUUUUACAUAGUCGCCAGGAAAGCACCGUGAAACAGAUGAAUUCACACGAUGCGCGGGUGCAGGGUUUCCUCAUUCGGAGAGACCCCACGGGGUCAGGCUUGAAGAAUGAUGAGCAGCCGGUUUAUCAGAAGGAACUGAACCCUCGUCGCGGUUUGAAUGGGUCGUCCCAGACGGACGAUCUACAUAGCCGAGAGCCCGCACAGCUAGCGGACGCGAAGCUAGAACCCUCGGACGUUUCUAGCACUGUUUAA